AUGUUUGGUACCGUAAAAGGAUGGGCUUAUCCAUCACGAAAAGGUGGUCGAAGUGUGCGAUGUCAGGAGUGUGCAUGUUUCUUCACGCCGCAGGACUUUGUCGCUCAUUCCCACAGCGAGAAAAACGAGUCCCAGAGGACAGUCCACUGGGGAUUCGAUCCUUCGAAUUGGCGCCUUAUGUUAGAACUGGCAAAUCCUUCUGCUGAAUCCAGUGUCAAUAAGGAGAGAUGGAAGGAAUUUAUUGAUGAGCCUACCAUUCAAUCAUGUGGUGUCUCGGAAAACUGUGAAGGUUAUUCAGUUAACAAGGCCAAGCGAACGUUCACUGAACAAUCUUUGGAUAUUCCAUCCAAAAUUCCUCGAAGUGACAAUAUACCGAUCAAUAUUGAAAAGCCGUUACCUCUCUUGUACUCACGCGAUAAUUUGAAUCGACUUUUUGGUGCAAAGACGACUGAUUCUCUUACACUGAUUGGAGAAAUCAUGCAGAAAGAAACCGCAUUCAAAAUU